UUAAUCGGUUUCAAUCGAAUCAAGCAACAGGCCCGCCAUUUCGCUCUGUUACGCUAGAAUUGCAGCCGAAGAAGCUAAAAUUUUCUGUCUCGACGGUGCCUCGGCGGAGACAGCAAAUGGCGAAGAAGCGAGAUCGCCGACUCGCACCCGGUUCGAAUCGUAGUAAGGAAAUUGUCGAACCGUCCACAGAGCAAGACCAACUCGACAACUCGUCAUCGGAUCGUAGGCUCAUCAUCAUUUUCGUCAUCUUCUUCAUCGUAUCUCCCGCUAUUUCCGUCCUCGUGUACCGUAUAAUAUACUCUCCGCGUCCAAUUCCUAUGGACUCGUUCGUUUUUCAAGGAGGCCCCGUUAAAGCCGACGUCAACUACCAAGAGAUCCUCACUGAGAAUUCUAAGGCCUCAGAAAAUACGUCACGCCGGCAUUUUACAAAUCCUACACUGGCCUACAUUACUCCAUGGAACUCUAAGGGCUAUGAAUUAGCAAAAAGGUUUAAUUCCAAGUUUACUCAUUUAUCACCUGUAUGGUACGAUCUAAAGAGCCAAGGGACCAGUUUAAUUCUUGAGGGGAGACAUAAUGCUGAUAUAGGAUGGAUCUCGGAGCUUAGAAGGUCUGGAGAUGCUUUGGUACUGCCCAGAGUUGUUUUGGAAGCAUUUCCUGCAGAGUUCCUUACAAAGAAAAAGCAAAGGAAUAAAGCUAUCAACCUUAUAGUAACAGAGUGCAAGGAUAUGGGAUAUGAUGGUAUUGUGCUAGAAUCUUGGUCAAGGUGGGCAGCUUAUGGUAUUUUACAUGAUCCAACCAUGCGGAAUUUGGCACUGCAAUUUAUAAAACAGCUUGGACAUGCACUGCAUUCUGAGAGUUCAGCAAAGAAUGACAAACAAUGGUUGCAGUUGGUUUACGUUAUAGGUCCGCCACAUUCAGAGAAGCUCCAAAAGCAUGAUUUUGGACUAGAAGAUCUUCAGAGCUUGAGCAAUGCAGUGGAUGGGUUCUCACUAAUGACCUAUGACUUCUCAAGUCCUCAAAAACCAGGUCCAAAUGCACCUCUAAAGUGGAUUCGUUUCACCCUGCAGCUGCUCCUUGGCACCACUGGCAAUAGCGCUCAGAGCUUGGCUCACAAAAUAUUUCUUGGCAUCAAUUUCUACGGAAAUGAUUUUGUUGUAGCAGGAGGUAUGGGUGGUCGAGCUAUAAUUGGAAGGGAUUACCUUUCAUUAUUGGAAAAGCACAAGCCUGUUUUGCAGUGGGAAAAGAACAGUGCGGAGCAUUUGUUCUUUUACUCCGAUGAUAACAACAUCAAGCAUGCAGUUUUUUAUCCGUCAUUGUUGUCAAUUUCCAUGCGGCUCAGAGAAGCUCGAGCAUGGGGAUGUGGCAUCUCAGUCUGGGAGAUUGGUCAAGGUCUGGAUUACUUUUAUGACCUUCUGUAGACAGUUGCAUUUGCACUCUGUCAGUGUAAAGUGGAGACGCUUCUCGUACUUUGAAUUCUAAAAGUUUUGUCACGGUAAAAUUAAUUCAAAGAGUUGUU